UUUGGGUGACAUGAUUUUGGCUGCAACUUUUGCAACAUGGUAUUGGACUUUUAAUAAAGAUGAUGUGCCUUACUUUACCUUGACUGCUGGACUUAUGAGAACGAUAAGGUAUCAUCUGGGUACUUUAGCCUUUGGUUCACUUAUUUUAGCAAUAUGUCGAAUAAUCAGAGUUAUUUUGGAAUACAUCGACCAGAAGUUAAAGAAGUUUGAUAAUCCUUGCACUCGAUGCUUGCUGUGCUUUUUGAAAUGCUUCUUCUGGUGCUUGGAGAAUUUUAUUAAAUUCAUCAACAAAAAUGCUUAUAUAAUGUGUGCAAUCCAUGGUAAAAAUUUCUGUGCAAGCGCUAGAGACUCCUUUGCACUAAUUUUGCGAAAUUGUACGAAAUAUAUAGUCGUCGAUAAGACUACCGAGUUUGUGUUCUUCAUGUCAAAAGUGUUAAUAAGCGCCGGAAUGGGCGCCCUAUCAUAUUUAUACUUCGGGAACGACUGGGCCCAAUUAAAUGACGACUCUUUGCAUUAUGGAUACGCCCCUGUGAUUUUGGUUGUCAUCGGUACAUUCUUUAUAACAUGUGUCUUCUUCGGUGUUUAUGAUAUGGCAGUCGAUACUUUACUUUUGUGCUUUUUGGAAGACAGCGAACGAAAUGAUGGAUCACCUGAAAGACCUUAUUAUAUGUCGAAAGAGCUCAUGAAGAUUUUAGGCCGAAGGAACAAAGUCGUCGAGGACUAGAUUUUACAUCUUUCAGCCAACUUCCAAAUUUUACCGAUUAAUUUGAAUUUAUUUUAAUUUAUUACCAGAGUGGAAGAUUGCUCAAAAAAACAAUCAAAAAGGACAGAAAACGCGCAUAAGGUUGUAUGUUUUUUUAGAAGAUAAAUAUAAUAUGUUAUUGAUUCAUACAAAUUUUGCAUUAUAGUUACCAUAAGAAUUGAAUUUAUAUAUUAUAUAUAUACGGUAAGUUUAAAUAUAGAUACGUAUUUAUUUUUACUAUUCAAAUACUAAGUGUCUUAAAUGUGAAAUA